UGGCUAAAAUUCGUUUAUCGCAUCAGUUUUCUGCAGCAGUGGGUUGAUGGAUUCGCGUGCGUUCGAUUGAAAGUUUUUAUUUCCCAAAAUAAUUCAACUAAUCUGUGUGAAAAAGCCUGCCAAUCAUCCGCGGCGUGUCCCUUCGCUGCCCUUUUUGGUGUGCGCUUCUGCGUUUUACCUGGCUUCUCGUCAUUGGAGAAAACGGAAGUGACACAAAACACAAGAAGCAGUGCGAAAAUCCUUACCGAGUGGAAAGCCAAGUGAAUUUUCCCCGUUUCGGGUCGGUGCUAGGAAACUGGAUUUUCUGGUGGAUAGAAGAUCGGAAAUACAAUUGCCACCAUGGCCAAUGGAUACCUUACGAAGGAGCACCUCGCGGGGUUCGAUAGCUACAAGUAUAGUGCCCGGGAUACUUCGCCACUGAGUAUCUAUGUGAUGCACCCUUUCUGGAAUUGGUUAGUAGAGUACUUCCCAAAAUGGGUCGCCCCAAAUGUGAUGACAUUUGCCGGCUUCCUGUUCACGGUGCUGAACUUCGCCGUGCUCUCCUGGUACGACUGGGGAUUCUGGGCUAGUACCGACUGCGAGAACUGCACACCGAUCCCCAGGUGGUUCUGGCUCAUGGCAGCCGUGAACAUAUUCCUCGCGUACACCCUGGACGGUAUCGACGGAAAGCAGGCACGCCGGAUAGGGCUGUCCGGGCCGCUGGGCGAGCUAUUCGACCACGGACUGGAUUCGUAUUCGGCGUUUUUCAUUCCUGCCUGUCUGUAUAGCAUUUUUGGGCGAGGGGAACUGUCGGUGCCGCCAAUCCGGAUGUAUUACAUCAUGUGGACGAUCUUCUUCAACUUUUAUCUCUCACACUGGGAAAAGUACAAUACGGGGGUGCUGUAUCUGCCAUGGGGAUAUGAUUUGGGAAUGUGGGGAUCGGUCCUGAUGUAUCUGGCAACAUGGAAGUACGGAUACCAAAUGUGGAAGACGGAGCUACCGUGGAGCAUCUCGGCAGGUCAACUGAUGGAACUGUGUUUGCAUGUGAGUGCCAUGUCCAACCUGCCGAUGGUGGUGUACAAUAUGUACCGGUCGUACAAGGAUCGCACCGGAAAGAUGCGUACGGCGAAGGAAGCACUGCGGCCGCUCUUCACCUAUGGAACGUUUAUGUUCGUAUCGCUUCUGUGGGUGUUCGUAUCUCCCAAUGAUAUUAUGAACAAGGACCCACGAGCCGUUUACAUUCUCAGCGGGACGAUUUUCAGCAAUAUAAGUUGCCGACUGAUUGUGUCUCAGAUGUCCAACACAAUUAUGGAAACGUUCAACUGGAUGACCGGAGUGUUAUGCGUCGCUGUUUUACUGAGCGUUUCGAUGCCUGGCAUUGAACGGCCUCUACUGUAUCUACUUGUAAUCGGUAGUUCCCUGGCUCAUUGGCACUAUGGAUCUGUUGUGGUACAACAAAUGUGCGAACACUUCAAUAGGAUAUGCUUCAAAGUAACGAAACCAAAGGAAAUCAAACAAUAAACUCACAAGUCAAUUACGGGGUUGACUCAGGAUUAUGUUCAACAUAAAACAUACAAAGCAACAUCACAAAGCAUGUGAGUGUAUAAAAAGUGAAAUUUAUGGUUAACUGUAUAGAUAGGACGCAUAUUCAAACGAGUGGAAAAGAAAACAUCACCUCAAUUAAGCAUAAUUUAUUUUAGUAGCUACAAUGUGACUACCGUAGUUUUGUUCAUCAUGGUUCGAACCAAUUAUUGUUAAAACUGCAUUUAUAGCUAUGGAUUACCUCACCGCACUAAGUUAUUGUGUAACUUUGCUAACAGUGAACGCCUCUCGAAAAUAUAAUUUUCUCCUUUUAAACUACUACUAAAAUAAUGUUAUAUUCCAAAGAGCUGCUGUGAGGGAGAGGAAGUAAUAAAAAAAAUACGAGCACUGCGAUACACGAACGGAUAUUUCUCGUAAAUUUGUCAUGACAAACAUCUCGACAAUAGGAAGCGAAAUCGAUCGAACACUAAGUUAAAUUAUGUCAAAUUCAUUUUUCACAUUCAUUGUCAUUUCUUGAUAGUAUCGAUUAUUCAUUUUUGUGUGCCAUCUUAGUUUCUUCGAGAAGUCUUAGUAUUGAUUCUUUUAAUAGUUAUAUUUUAAAACUUUAUUUCAUCACAUUAGAGUGUAAAUGCUUCCAACAAAUUUAGAUUGGCUAAAGUCUACUAUUAUACUACGCUGUAAAGUAUUUGUGGAGAAAAAUGUAAGAUACAAAUGGAUACACUGUUAAGAACCAAAAAGUGUCACGCGAUAACUGAGAAAGAAUAAUUAUUUCAACAGAUAGACACAGUCUUAAAAAAGGAUAAUGUAUCUACCUACGCAAUUUCCCAACAAAAAAUAUUAACUACUUCCGACAAAAUCGUAUUCUAACAUGGUUUUACAUCAGGAAUUACUAUAACCUUAUUAUCCUACACGUUCGAAAACAGAUGUAAGAUUCCGAUUAGUAUCAUUCACCAAUAAUGUAUUCUACUUCUGUAGUAGCUUCUUUUUAAUUUAUUGAACAAACGCAAACGCUUACUAUCGUUAAAUGUAUUAAUUAUCCGCAUGGAUUAUAAAUACACCCCGUCGUCCUAAUCGUUGCUUCGGGAAUAAAAUGGACAAAAUAGAUGUCCUACUACAAGGCGCUGUGUUAUCCGCAGAUGUGUACUCCCAUAUUGCUGUUUAAACUAUGUACUGCAUUGUCUCCCGACGUAUUAAUUGUACUGUAACGCAUCGGUUCUUGUACAUGUAUCUGCAAGUGAAUAAAUAUUAUAAUUUAAUAAAA